CAGUUCAGUAAAGACAGAGAGACAGAGAGACAGAGAGGGGCUGGAUUGAGCAGCGCUGCUCUGCAACCUCCGACACGCACUGUUUUGAGCCGAGCUCUAUUGAUAGCUCGGGAAGCCAGCAACGCAAACAAGGGUUUCAUGUAAGCUCGUUAGCUGGCUGCACGAAAACCAGAGGCUGUUCCCGGACCAUUGUCUAUUUGCUUCUCUUUGUGGAACUCUACUCUCCAGAUACCUCGGGGGUAAUUUUGACUAAGCUUAGCUAGCUAAUAACGGGGUUGAUUCCUGACAAAAAGAUGGGUUCAGUCCCGAUGAUAUCUGUCCUCAUUCUGGGCAUUGCAGUGCCUGCCCUGGCUGGCUAUAUUGAGGCUCUGGCAGCCAAUGCAGGUACAGGGUUCGCGGUGGCCGAGCCGCAGGUGGCCAUGUUCUGCGGGAAGCUCAACAUGCACGUGAACAUCCAGACGGGCCGCUGGGAGCCGGACCCUUCCGGUACCCAGAGCUGCGUGGGAACCAAGGCGGCCGUGCUCCAGUACUGUCAGGAGAUGUACCCCGAGCUCCAGAUCACCAACGUGGUGGAGGCCAACCAGCCAGUCAGGAUCGAGAACUGGUGCAGGAAGGACAAGAAGCAGUGCAAAGGCCACGCCCACGCCGUGCUGCCUUUCAAAUGCCUGGUGGGCGAGUUCGUCAGCGAUGUCCUGCUGGUUCCGGAAAAGUGCAAGUUCUUCCACAAGGAGCACAUGGACAUGUGCGUCAGCCACCAGCAGUGGCACGGAGUGGCCAAGGAGGCUUGCUCUAAGAGUGGUAUGACCCUGCACAGCUAUGGCAUGCUGCUGCCGUGCGCCAUCGAUAAGUUCCAUGGCACGGAGUACGUGUGCUGCCCCGCCUCCCGUCCAGAGGACGCCCCGCCCCGCCUGCAGCCCUCCCUGGAGGAAGAGGAAGAUGUGGACGAGGAAGAGGAGGAGGAGGAGGAGGAGGCGGCAACUGAGAUAGAUGAGGAGGAAGAGGAAGAGGAUGAGGAAGAGCCAGUGGAGGAGAGCGAGCCUGCCACGCCCACUCAGAGCACCCUCGAGGAAGAUGAGGAUGACGACGAUGAGGAAGACUAUCACUACGCAUACGAGGAUGAGGAGGCAGACAGAGAAGAGGAGGAAGAGAAGGGCGGAGAUGCAGACAAUGCGGUGGACAAGACUGCACAGGAGGUCAAAGCGGUGUGCUCCCUGCCGGCGGAGACGGGCCCGUGCCGCGCCUCCAUGCCGCGCUGGCACUUCGACACGAGCCAGAGGAGGUGCGUGCGCUUCACGUACGGGGGCUGCGCCGGCAACCGCAACAAUUUCGACUCGGAGGAGUACUGCACGGCCGUGUGCAGGAGCCUGAUCCCGCCCACCCCCCAGCCCACGGACGACGUGGACGUGUACUUCGAGACGCCGGCCGACGACAAGGAGCACAACCGCUUCCAGAGGGCCAAGGAGCAGCUGGAGAUCAGGCACCGCAACCGCAUGGAGAGGGUGAGGAAGGAGUGGGAGGAGGCCGAGCGCCAGGCUAAGAACCUGCCCAAGACCGAGAGGCAGACCCUGAUCCAGCACUUCCAGGCCAUGGUGGAGUCCCUGGAGGAGGAGGCGGCCAGCGAGAAGCAGCAGCUGGUGGAGACGCACCUGGCCCGUGUGGAGGCCAUGCUGAACGACCGUCGCCGCCUCGCCCUGGAGAACUACCUGGCAGCCCUGCAGGCCGACCCCCCCAGGCCGCACCGCAUCCUGCAGGCCCUGCGGCGGUACGUGCGCACGGAGAACAAGGACCGCCAGCACACCGUCCGCCAUUACCAGCACGUGCUCGCCGUCGACCCGGAGAAGGCCGCCCAGAUGAAGUCCCAGGUGAUGACCCACCUGCGUGUCAUCGAGGAACGCAUGAACCAGAGCCUGUCCCUGCUCUACAAGGUGCCCUACGUGGCCGAGGAGAUCCAGGAUGAGAUCGACGAGCUCCUGCAGGAGCAGAAGGCCGACAUGGACCAGUUCCUGUCCACCGUCUCCGAGUCCCAGCCAGACGUCACCGUGUCGUCCGAGGAGAACGUGGAGCUGCCGGUCGCCGAGGGAAAACCCUACCGCCCUAUCCGGGUCACCUCUCUGGGGUCCCAACCGGAGCCCGAGGGCGCUCUGCCCGACUCCCCUCUCCCAAUGAACAAGAAAGGUUCUGGGCUGGAUGGGCUGAUCGGUGCUGAGGAGAGGAUCAUCAACAGCAAGGGGAAGCUGAACAGCAACGUGGUGAUUGACGAAUCUCUGGAUGUUAAAGAGGUGAUUUACAGUGCAGAGAGCGUCCACGUUAUGCAUGAUGAUGAGCUGGAAACCUACCGGCCCCUGGGGGAGGAGUUCAGCUUCGGCAGCAGCGCUCUGAUUGGCCUCCUGGUGAUUGCGGUGGCCAUAGCGACGGUGAUCGUGAUCAGCCUGGUGCUGCUGAGGAAAAGGCAGUACGGCACCAUCAGCCACGGCAUCGUGGAGGUGGACCCCAUGCUGACCCCUGAAGAACGCCACCUGAACAAAAUGCAGAACCACGGCUACGAGAACCCGACCUACAAGUACCUGGAGCAGAUGCAGAUCUAGUCUGGAGAGGAUGUGGGGUGGGGUGGGGUGGGGAGGGGGGGGGGCUAGGGGAGUGGCCUUUAAUCUGAGAAAGGAAGGGGGGGCGGGAACAUACUACUGACCAACAACAAAUCUGCUCACAUCAAAAAUCAAAAAACAACAAAAAAAAAAAAUCAUCUUCCUACAUCAGGAAUGCACAUUCUGGUUCAUUCAAGGCAGUCUUUAAAUAACGCUACUACUACUGCUAGUACUAAAAUUGUACAGUAGAACUCUUUUUUUAUUUUAAAAAGGCAAUGUAACUAUGUUUUUAAAAAAUAUCGGGAAAUGCGGUUUGACAACUUAUACAACAGUGAUUGUCUUCAGAUUGAUAUGAUACUUUUAAUGUUUUUGUUUUUAAAAACACAUGACAAGGAAAGCUAAAUAAUCUGAAUGAUUAUACGUAAUUAAGUAACCACUGUCAAACAAUCUACUGCAAAAUAGCAGCUGUUCUGUACCAUCUUAGAAGUAUCCGUGAUAUAACGAUUGAUAUAAAAAAAGGUUUGUUUUUUUCCCUCUUCAACAGAUUGCUUGUAUAUGAAGGUUAUUUGUACUGAUUUAAUGUAUAUCAAACAAAUGGGGAGAAAAAAAAUCAUGAACUAUUUUAUUUUCUGUUCUUUGUUAUUAUCACGAACAAAAAAAAAAUAUAUAUAUAUAUAUAUAAAAAGUAGAUGUACUUGUAGAUUUAUUCCCCCCCCCCCCCAAAACUAAACUGAUGACAAAGAUAACCGGGUGUUUGGCGUAGUUUCUCUGGCCUGUGAGUCACAGGUUUGUGACUGCUGUGCGUUUUAGGUGGGGAGCACAGGAGUGUGACCCUGAGGGUGAAUCCGUUGAGAGACAAACGAGUACAGGCCUCCAGCUCCACAGGCUCCCAUUUAAAGCAUAGACGACCAAAAGCUUUUAAUACCUCUGUACCCAUAAUGAGUAAAGCGACCCCCUCCACCCACGCACCCACCGCCCCCACCCUCACUCACUCACCCCUGACUGGGUUUCCUUUUAAAUUCAUUCAACUUGACCAUUUGAUUUCAGGUUAUUGAUUACAUAAGACGCUGUGCGACAGGGGCCGGCUUUUUACUUCAGGCAGUCCGUGGGACGCCUUUGUUCAAUCUAGAGGACCCCUGUUCAGCUGUGUUGGGUGCAUGGUGCUGAAUGGAAGAGGGAGCAAUUUUAGCAUUUUUAGCAGUAUAAAAUAAAAGCACACUGCUGUUUUUUUUUUGUUGUUUUUUUUUUUUUUGGAAAGUAAAGAAAUGUAUGAAUUAGAGAGGGGCGUGGCAUAGGAGCUGGGGGCCAGGGGAGAGGUACAGUCAAUCAGGGUGUGGCAGUCAAGGCGUGGUUUCAGUUUUUUCCAUGUAAAAAUAAAAAAUAUAAAAUAUGAGGAAAAGGUUUGAGAUUAAUCGGUUUUUAUUUUCUCAUAGUAAUGUCUCUUUGUAUGCCUGUAUAGUUGAUGUUGCUAUCAUGGCUUUUAUGGAAGACAACCUGUGGUGUGCAUUGUUCUUAUGAUAUAUAUAUUUUUAAGUUUUUGUUUAUUUUGUUUUUAUUUUCUGGGGUUUUUUUUUCCUCGUGACAGUAUCUCUGUAUGUGACUGUCUCACUAUGCACCAAUAUGGCUUCAAAUAUUGUAACGGCCUGCUUGAUUGCAGGCAGUUUAAGAAUGAGUAUAAAUAUGUAUUUGUAAUUAUGAAAUAAAGGAACACGUUGAUUAUUAGAAUGAUGAGAACACAUCAAUAAACUCACUACUACUUCCAUAGAA